AUGGAGAAUGUCACUGCAAUCAAAGGUCAGGAUAUCGAAUUCAAAUGCCAGAUAUCCAAACUUGGCAAACAUAUGGUAGCAUUUGCCCGAGCAGAUACACCACCAAGGUUAAUUGCAUUUGAUGAAAAGGUAUUCCGACAACGACACAAAUAUGAAAUUAGGCGGCCAAUGAAGGAUAACGAAUGGAUUUUAGUCAUCAAGGAUGUUCAAGAAAAUGAUAUAGGUGGUUACUCGUGCCAGUUAAACACCGACCCAGUACUUUCAAAAACCGGUUACCUUCAUCUCAAAGUGCCACCAUAUGUGGCUCGAACAACAGCAGCAACUGUAGAGGUACGUGAGGGACAAAAUGUCACUCUGUCAUGUCGAGCAUUCGGCAAUCCACCACCAACUGUCGUUUGGAGGAGGAAAGAUCGACAAAUUAUACGAUUUAAUGGCGUUACUGGCUACGGAGCAAGUGUAUUCAAUGGUUCCGAAAUGACAAUCAUUAAAGUAAGUCGUAAACAUAUGAGCGAAUAUAUUUGCAUUGCAAGCAAUGGUGUACCACCGGAUGAAUCAUGGAGCGUGAAACUUCAUGUUACCUUUAAGCCAAUCGUUGUACCGCAGGCUGAAAUCGUUCAGGUGACAAUGGGCAGUCAGGUUAGCUUGGUUUGCAAUGCAGAAGCUUGGCCAAGGCCUUCAGUGAAAUGGGGAAAGGAUGGGCAAGAAAUAUUUGAUUCGUCAACAUUUUCACUAUCGAACCAAGUGUCAGAAAAAUAUCGUAGUGUACACAUAUUGACUAUCAAAAAUGUUAGCAAAAAUGAAUUUGGCACCUAUCGAUGUAUUGCGAUAAAUGACAACGGUGAACACUUCGCUGAUAUUAUUGUGAAAGGUAAAAAUUUGUGA